AGAACACCGGAGCGAGCCGCGAGCCACCGCUCGCGAGCCUUUUCCCCAUUACACGUCGCUAAUGAUGACGGGUCAUUUUCGGAUGCCGAGUCAGCGAGGAGACGAGGGCAGCAGGACUUGGGGGAAGACGCUUUUUGACCAAAAGGUUUGCGCCCACUAGUGUCAGCUGCUCCCACUAUAGGCUGUGUGUGUCCGUGUGUGUGAGUGUGUGUGCGCGCAGCGGGGGUAAAGUCCACUUGGAUAAUCUUGAGCUCGAUGCAACAUCAGUUUCCCUCUUCUAAAGAAAUUUCUACAAAAUUCAGGCAUGAAGUGGAGGGAAAACCCGGCUAACACACACAUUGUCUGUCCCACACGAAUCUUCCUGGCAUGAUUUUGUAGUAAACAUCACAGUAAGGAGUGUCAAACCAAUGAAAGGUCUCACUCUCUCUCCAAACGGGUCUGAUUCUGCCAGAACAACAUCAGCAUUCACAUCUCAUCCCAUCAUAGAAACAUCUCAUUUUACACUUUUCCCCCUGUGGAUUUCACUCCUCUCAGUUUUCUUCACAGCCUUCUUCGACACACUGAAAGAGCCUGAGACCACCUGCUCGCCUGCUCGUGCAUAUUUGUCCCAUUGUGUGUGUGUGUGUGUGUGUGUGUGUGUGUGUGAGCCUCUUUGGUUGAAUAUGUUCGUGUGAAUGCCUUUGGAUACGCCGAAUACGCCGGAGAGUGUGUGUCCCAGGAGGCGCUCUGCGGAGAUGCGUGUGCCUCGGUCCUCUGUGCUGCUGUCCGCGCUGUGGCUCCUGCCGCUGAGCUGCUGUGUGUGUCAGGCGGCCGGCUACCCCUUCAAAACGCCCCUGGACCUGGACGUCACGCCGCGCAUCACUGUACAGACAAGUGGUCUCCAGGGUUGUAGGCGUCUCCAGUCCUCUGCAGUCAACUACAGCACUAUGAUGCUGGAGGCUGACAGUCAGCGUCUCUAUGUCGGGGCCCGGGGGACGGCAUUCUCUCUCAAUGCCUCUGACAUCUCAGCCAGCUCUGCUCUGACUAUUGAGUGGGAAGCCUCCCCGGAACAAAAACAGGAGUGUCUGAGCAAGGGAAAAGACAAUAAGACGGAGUGUUUCAAUCACAUCCGCUUCCUCCAGAGGUUCAACUCCACUCAUCUGUACAUGUGUGGGACUCAUGCGUUCAGACCUCUUUGUGCAUACAUUGAUGAGAAGCAGUUUGUGAUGUCAUCUCAACCUGAAGAAGGCAGAGACAAGUGUCCCUAUGGUCCAACAACUGGCUACACCGGCCUCAUUAUAGACCAGCAGAUGUAUACGGCCUCUCAGUACGAGUUUCGGAGCUUUCCAGAUAUCCGCCGUAACUCUCCUUCUCCCACACUGAAAACAGAGGAUGCUCCCACGCGCUGGCUGAACGAGGCAGACUUUGUGGGCUCAGCCUUGGUGAGGGAGAGCGAAGGCAGCAGCACCGGAGAUGAUGACAAGAUCUACUUCUUCUUCACAGAGAGGAGCCAAGAGCAGACAACGACCUACAGCCACAGCAGGGUGGCACGAGUCGCACGGAUUUGUAAGGGGGACAGGGGGGGUCGUUUAACUCUCCAGAAGAGGUGGACCUCUUUCCUCAAGGCCAGACUGAUGUGUUCCCUGCCUGAAUAUGACUUCCACUUCAACAUGCUGCGCAGUGUGUUCACGGUGCAUGGCCACACGCCGCGGGACACGCUCUUCUAUGGCAUCUUCGGCCUGGAGUGGAAGAAUGUGAAGGCAUCUGCGGUGUGUCGGUUCACCCUGUCUGAGGUCCAGGAGGCCUUCCAGGGACCCUACAUGGAGAACCAGGACUCUGGCUCCAGAUGGAAUGAAUACACUGGGAAGAUCCCCGAUCCACGGCCGGGAACAUGUAUAACAGAUGCACUGAGGGCCAUGGGCAUGAACUUCUCCACCUCCCUGCCAGAUGAUGUGCUGGACUUUGUCAGGAGACACCCGCUGAUGUCCCAGAAGGUCCAGCCUUGGGACAGACGCCCCCUGUUGUUCAGGAGGACCACAGACUACACCCAGAUGGCUGUGCACAUGGUCCAAGGCUUAGACGGACAAACAUACCAUAUUUUGUACAUGGGCACAGAUGAAGGCUGGUUGCACAAAGCUGUGGAAGUCGAUGGCCACCUCCACAUCAUAGAGGAGCUGCAGCUGUUUGAGGAGCCACAGGCUGUUAAUAGCCUGCUCGUCUCUGCUACACAGAGGAGUGUGUACGUGGGCUCCUUGUCAGGGCUGGUGCAGCUUCCCCUCUCCACCUGCCACAGAUACACUUCCUGCUAUGACUGUGUAUUCGCCAGAGACCCCCACUGUGCCUGGGAUGGUGCGCAGUGUGUGGACAUAAUGUCACACGCAGACAGAUCCAUUUUAAUUCAGGACAUCCAACACGGCAACCGAGGAUGUGAGAACACAGAAGACGACACUGUUGUGCAUCGGAGCCGCUCCGUCAGGGUGGGGGACGAUGUGCUGCUACAGUGUGAGCUCAGCUCCAACCUGGCAGUGCCCAUGUGGACCCUGGAUGGCCGUGAGCUGCAAGGCUACGGCCUCGACUCUGGCUUCAGAAUUGGCACCGACGGCUUGCUAAUCAUCGAGGCCCGACCCGACCAAAGUGGACAGUACACCUGCCGCGCCCUUGAAAACAAUGUUCAGGUUGGCAUAGUUACCUACAACGUCACUGUCCGCCUGGACCUUCCUCCUCCCCCGCCUGUCGAGCCAAGCGAGGACCCCUACAGUCCUUCUAUAGCUGAGCCAACACCCAGUGAGCCCCCCUCCUCUGAGAGGCCGCUGCCUCCGCCCCCGGCCCCACUUCUCCCACACUCGGAGCUGCUCUCCCCGAGAAACAUGGAGGCGAUGUACCUGUCCCUCAUCACCAUUCUUGGGGGGCUGUGUCUGGUACUCACUGUGGUUCUCCUCUAUGUGGGGUUCUGCCUGCAAGCCGGCAGCAGAGGAAAGUAUUCCUUGCGUGCCGCUGCAGCAGCCUAUCCAGACAGGAAGAGGCACAACAGGAACAGGAAACACCACAACUCCUCCCACAUGGAGCUUAAGACUAUCUCUAAUCACUGUAAUGGCAGCAGCAUUUGCAAUGGGAUUUCAAAGCAACAGAACGCCGACACUCAGGACGGGGGCUUCCUCCAGAUCGUCCCAGGGGAGGGACACCCAUCCCCUAAUAAAGAGCCCCCUCCUCCGGCCCCUCCUCUCCCCCCGACCCCGCAGCUUCCCUCCCCACCGUGCGACUUCCCCAACGGGCUGUCGGCUACCCUGCCCAGCGUCCUGAGGAGAAUGAACGGCAACAGCUACGUGCUGCUGAGGCAAAGCGACUCUGAAAGUCUGUCCCCGCUCUGCUACUCCUUCACCGAGGAACUCAACAGGAUCUUGGAGAAGAGAAAACACACUCAGCUGCUGCCCAGGCCUGACGAGAGCUCUGUGUAGGAGGAGGUGUACAGUAGCUCCCCCUGUGGUGGGAGGACUGGAGAGCUUUCACCUGGUGCUGCCAUACAACCCAUCAUUGCUGAUAUCAGAGACUAAAGCAGUGAGAGUCUUAUCUACAUUUGUGACUUCUUUCAGUUUCACAUUUAGACAUUACUGAUUUCACUCUGAGGAGUUUGUUACCCCAGAUACCCCAAUUUUCUAACACAGAACAAAAUGAGAAUGAGAACUAAGUGAAGGGCCAAGUUUGAAAUGGAGAGAAAGUGUAAUCUACCUCACCUCAGUCUGAUUUAGCAGGCCACCUACAGUGAAAAUCCUGCUAAGUCUGAGUCAGAAUACGAGUCCUGUAAUGGAGUCAGCCCUGAGAUCUCAGCCCCAGAAAACUGCCUUGAUUCACUGACCAGGACUCCACAGAGGAGCAGAGGCUCAUGGGAAUCUGAUUAUAUGUGAAGACUGCUGUUAGGAGGCAGGAGUGCUUGGCUUGUUUCAAAAUGGAGGGCAGCUAGCCAAUGUUCGUUUGCAUUCAAAAGUGCACAGAUGGCCUAUGCAUUUUUAAAAAAAAAAACAUGUUUCAUGCAUUUUAAAUUUUGAAGGAAAUGUACAUGUUAAAGGAAAAAAAAAUCAGUUUUAAUAUGAACCAUGCAAAUGUAAUAGCCAAAAAAAAUUAUAUAAACCAUGACAGCACAUAACACUUUCCAUUAACCAUAACUGAUAAAUUAAUCAAUCAUUAUUUAAUAUUUAUGAACUAUCAUUUAAUGUUAACCAACAAGUAAUUGAUUAUCAGUUAAUUUCUUCCAUUGUUUUCUAAUUAAUAUCAAAUUAAAUCAUGUACAUUAUUUUAUGACCUGCAAAUAGAUUAAUCCAUAAAUAUUUAUAUAUUGUAUCACAAGAAAUUAAAUCAGUGUCCCUUAACUUACUUAACAAUUUGUCGGCCAUUUUACUGAUAUCCAGCUGAUACUUUUACAUGAAAAAAAUGUUAACAACCUAUUUGCAAAGCAUGAAUAAGUGGGUGCUAAUACCCUACAAAGUUAAAACCAUAAAUAAUAAUUGUUUAAUAAGAUGUUUAUAAAACACAAAUGAGCACUACCCAGACAUUUAUAUGUAAACGUUGCAGCUGAUGUUUACAAUAUUCUGUGCCAGGAUCCCAAAUAGUUCUUAAACAUAAACGAUCAUUAUUAUAUUAUUUUUAAUAUUAAUUAGAAAACAAUGGAAAUUGAAUGAACAAAUCAGGCGCUUAUUAUUAUUUAACCAUUAAAUUGUUGAGAAAUAGGAAAUGAUGUAUUCACCAUUUGUUAAUGAUGGGUAUUGAGUUAAAGACAACAGAGAGGAAAUAAGACAGUAUUAGUGAUUUUGAAAUGCACUUUAAAUGCCAGUUUCAAUGCCAGUUUUAUUUGGACACUACAAGAAAUGAAACUCCUUGAGGAAAUUUAUUAAUAACACUGCACCAUGUGAGGAACCAGCAUGCGAGGCAGAGAGGAACUUGGAGAGCUCCAGCAGUGCAGCCACAGCUGUGUCGACUGGACCUGUUUGGCAGAAAAUGGAUAAAAAGCAAACAUGCAUUGACUGUAGUCCAGCUGGGGCCUGAAUCCACCCCCAAGUAAGACCCUGCAGGAGACCACAACUGAAAAUAACAAACUCUGGGGCGCAGCGUUAACCCACGAGCACCCAAGGUCUGAUAAGCACAGGUCAGUUUGAAUCUCCCUCAGCUCUUUUCCCCUGAAUGCCAUUUCCCAACCAACACAGGGUGGCUGUAAGCAUGAUCUCUAAUGAGGAGGGAGACGGACUUCAACAUCGUUAGUGGACAGUGGAGCCAGCAGAGAGAGAGAUGGGAUAAGGGCUACAAAAUGGUAGUCUCUGCACCUAAAACUCUUGUUUCCCCACAACUGGAAUGAAAAUUAUUAGCUGCAGUGAACUACUGAGUAAGGUCUGUUCCUCAGACAGCAGCUCUUUGUGUGCAGAAACAGCAUCCUUGCCUCUCUGUGAUUCAGACAACUUAAAAAAAAGAAAGAAAAAAAAAACACUAAAUAAAAAAAAAACUAAUUAGGGUAACUCAAAGAGAUGCUAAGGAGAAAAUGCCAAGGUUGCCAAGUUUGAUGCAUACUGUGUGAACCUAUUUUAAUGCAAACCAGCCCACUGGAGACAAAAAGCGAAGAAAACAUAUUUAUUUUGUAAUUUUGUAUAUUUGUGUUUUGAGGGUGUUGUCAGUGUUGUUGUUGAGAUGCCUCUAGUGAGACACCGUCCUGUCAGUGGGGUGGUGUCGUGAUUUGCCUGUGUUGCACAAAUGUGAUACACUGUAGAAGCAUGGUAGCUAAGAGCAUGCAGGGCCCGUACCAGCACCACACAGUUUAAUAUUUAUGCUAAUGGGGGGAUAGCUAAGCUAAUUUAUCUAUCCACUAUAGCCUAUUAAUUAGGGAUCGUUCAGCUGAGCUUCUUUCUGUCACAGUAACGUCCAAAGUUGGCAGCACAUUAGUUUUGCUCUCUAUAUGCAUGUCACACCAUGCUUGUGUACACAGCAAAUCAAAUUUGUAUUUUGUUAAACUAACACGUCAAAUAAAAAGGACACUGAGCUCCUUCACAUUUCUGUCAUGAUGAGAUGAAAUUCAAAUAAAAAUUUGUAC